GCGUAGCUAGCGUCCGGUAGGAAAAGAGCACUUGGCUUCAUAAAGCUGGAUUAAUUAUCUCUAAAAUAAUAGGAUGUCGCGGAUGGAAAAUGAAUUUGCAGAUUACGACAGCGCCAAUAUCUGGGUGGAAAUAUAUCAGAGACUUAAGAAUGAAGCCUCCUUGAGAACUCUUGAUCAAAAACUAACAGUGAUAGAAGCGAGAAAACCAGAAAACAGGAGCAAAAAUAGAUACCGAGAUGUCAGUCCUUAUGAUCACAGUCGAAUUGUUUUGGGUAAGGUAAAUGACGACUACAUUAACGCGAGUCUGAUUGAGGUGCCAGAUGCUGGGAGAAAAUACAUCCUGACUCAGGGUCCAUUAGCACACACGACAAGUCAUUUCUGGCUGAUGGUCUGGGAGCAGAACACAAAAGCAGUCAUCAUGCUCAACAGAACAGUGGAAAAAGGCACACUGAAGUGUCAUCAGUAUUGGCCACUGGGCUCGGAUGCAGGUUACGAAGAUGAGAUGUAUUUUGACGAUGUCAACCUUAAAGUGACCUUGACCAGUGAAGAAGACACCAUGCAUUACACUCUUAGAUACUUGAGUCUCGAAAAUGCAAAUACGAAUGAGAGGCGAGAGAUACUACACUUUCAAUACACCACGUGGCCAGACUUUGGAGUCCCGUCCUCACCUACAGCGUUCCUCACCUUCCUGUCAAACGUGCGACUGACAGGAGUUCUUGAUGCUGACGUCGGACCGCCUGUCAUUCAUUGCAGUGCUGGGAUCGGGCGCUCGGGGACAUUCUGUUUAGUAGACUCGUCACUAGUUCUAAUAGAGAAGCAACGGGAUUUGGAUGCGGUCGACAUUAAGAUGAUGUUGAUGGAGAUGCGCUCGUUCCGCAUGGGUCUCAUCCAGACUCCGGACCAACUGCGGUUCUCGUAUCUCGCCAUCAUCGAGGGGGGCCGCCGCGUCCUGGCCGCGACCAGCUCCAACUCCACGUUAGAGAGCUGUCUUGUUAAUGGCGAUCUCCCGAAUGACCAGACAGACAGUCCGCCGACCCCUCCGAUACGGACAACCAGUAUAUCUCCCUCCAGACCGCCGCCACCACUUCCACCCAAAGAGAGGACGUACACACCCGAACCCUUCGAUAUCGACGACUUUGAUGAUGACUUUGACGACCUCGAUGAUUUCAUACAGGACGAUGAUGGAGAAGACGAGAAGGAUGAUUUACUACCGGAUAACAACCCAACAGUAGAGAAGGAACAAGAGAGUGCAUAUGUAUUGAGGAAAAGAAUUCGCGACGAACGUAAACAGAAUACGCAGGAAAAGAUAAAACAGAUGAAGGAUCGUCAACAGAAGAGUGAAGUGUGGAAGAAGAGACGGACGUACUUGAAACCCAUUUGUAUUGGACUGUCCCUCCUGGUGGGAGGCUUGCUGCUUUACAGAUACUACUACCAGUGAGCAGUGCGUUUUUACCCAUUUUAACACUUUAACACAGGUUUCAGUGCCAGAUGUAUCACUUUUAAUAUUGGAUAGCCUUCCAACUCAUCCCAAUGAAUUUUAACCUAUUAGUAUUCAUUUCAUGUAUCAAUUUAAAAUGUAACGUUCGUCAACUCAUCACAAGAAAUUUUAACCUACAGUAAAAUCUUGUUGGGUCGAACUCGGAAGGGUAGAAUACACUGCAAUGUUUGAACCAACAAAGAAGACCUGAGUUACACUUACACAAUGUUGACCGAAUGGUUAGGUCGAACUACUCGAUGAGUCGAACAUUUCUCGAGCACCAAUGGGUUCAACUGUAUUGGUAUUCAUUUUUCUAUAGAUGCUACUCACUCUCACCGAAAAGUGUGAUUCACACAUUUUAAAACUCAACACAGAUUUCAACAUCCAUUAUAUAUCAGUUAAAGAUUUAAAUCUUUCAGCUCAUUAAUGUGAAUUUAAGGCAGUUUGUAUUAACUUUUCUAUAGAUGCCACUUAUUAUAAUCAAAAAGUGUGCUUCAUCCACUUUAAAACUCAGAAACGGGUUUCAGCAGCUAUUAUUUCUCAAUUUCUCAAUUUACAUCUUUCAGAAUUGAAAAUCAUUUGUAAAAAGAUUGCUUCAUAUAAAAUGAAAGCCUUAUUUUUAUACCAAAACCACUUGCUCUGACUGAAAAAUGUGCUUCACCCAUUUCAAAUCUUCACAGAGUUUUUAGCAGAGCGCAUUUCAGUUUAAAAUUAAAAAUCUUUCAGCAUGAUAUAAAUCACAUUGGAAAUGUUUUAUACUGAUACCACUUGCUCUUACUGAAAAGUAUGUUUCACCCAUUUCAAAGCUUCACAGUUUUCAGCGGAGCGCAUUUCAGUUUAAAAUUAAAAUGUGAAAUGAAGCCCAUUUAUAUUGGACUGUUUCUUAUAAUGCAGGCUUGUUUUCCUACAAUUUACUAUCAGUGUAAUUCCUCUGUGCUCCUCGUUUCCCAUUCAAAUGAUUCUUUUUGCCGGUGUAGGAAUUGACCAUUACUAUCAAAAUAUGAGGAAUAUUCCUUGAACAUACAUUCCUCACAAUAGGGCUGUUCCAGAAAUGAUCACAUGGUGGGGAAGGGGAGGGGAGGAGGUUUUGCUUGAUAAUCGCCAUUCAUAAAAUGUAUAACUUUAACCGUUGAAAAAUGUCAAAUGAAAAACUGAAUCGAGAGCAAAGAACCAGUGUUAAUUUUCAAGUAACUAUUUCAAAAAGUGUCCUAAUUUACACUGGUGUUGCUUUUAACCUCCUUACAGCUGCAGUUCUAAGUAUUUAAAAAAAAAAUUAUUAAGUUUUUUAAAUACUGUAAAACAAGUUAUUUUUCACAAUUUCGUAGGGAGAAUACAAUAAUUUCGUUAUUUGUAGUUUUUGUGGUUGUAAAAACAUUUAGGAAUUUGUUUUAACUUUUAUUAUUAUUGCUUAUGUUCAAGAUACUCUAUAUUCUUUUGUGACGAUCAAUCUAGCAUUUCCCGUAUGAUGUCAUAUGAUUCAUUUAUUGUAAGAUAUUAGCUACAUUUUAUUACAAAAAAAAAGAAAAAAAAAGUUUUUAAAUUCAAAUUCAAAAAUAAAUACCACAAAUCCUUGAAUAGGAACCUAGGCUUGUAUUUUUUGGAUACAAUUUUUUUUAACCUGUCUGUACAUUUGUUAAAAAAAAUAACAAAGUAUAUGAUGUUAAAAAGAAUAACAAAGUAUAUGAUGUAUCUCCCAUUCUUUUGUUUAGAGAUUGUGUGGUAUUGAAGAACACCAUUAUUAAUUAAAAGUGGUGUUCUCACCAUAUUGUUAUAAGCUUUAGACAUCAGGCAUUGAAAGUGACAAGUAUAAUGCAGUUAUUAAUCAGACAACAUUAGAAUAGCAGAAACAGGCAUUUAUAUAAGCUUUAGACAUCAGGCAUUGAAAGUGACAAGUAUAAUGCAGUUAUUAAUCAGACAACAUUAGAAUAGCAGAAACAGGCAUUUAUAUAAGCUUUAGACAUCAGGCAUUGAAAGUGACAAGUAUAAUGCAGUUAUUAAUCAGACAACAUUAGAAUAGCAGAAACGCAUUUAUAUAAGGCAGGCCUGUAUUUUGUUUGGCCCAUAUUUUUGAAGCUAUCUUAGCACUAUGAUAUCGUAAAACUGUCGUAGGAUAUGACAUCACUAUGACAUGUGUUGUAGUGAUAUCAUUGCCUACGAUGGUUUCUGAAAAAUUGUAGCACUAAUAUAAUGUAGCUUUGAAAAUCUGUUGUCUGGCCUCAAAACGAGGCAAAUGUGUAUUCGAGGAUUUACAGUAUAUAAGUUUUUUAUCUUUAUUGCCACACAAAGCAUUAUAUGUAUAUACUGUACUGAAAAUAACGAUGUAAAGAGUAUGUAAUUGAAAAUCAAGUCGAGGCAGGCUUAAGUCACAUGACCUAUAUUUUUUAUUAGUGACAAAAAGUAGAGAAAUUUAUCAGGUCAUCAUAUCGUAACAAAAAAAGUGAACAGUUAUUUGCAUCUGUGUAGUUUUAAAAAUAAUUUACAGUCACAAAAAUAGCAUACAUGUGAAAAAUACUUGUUAUACAGUAGAUUGAUCAUACCAUUUAGUUUCUUGCCUUGAUCUGCCAUUCUUCAAUUUCUGUUCAGGUCACCUAAGAAAGCAACGUCAGAAUGCUUCCCAUCUUUUCAAUGAUAACAGUAAAACUAGCAAUGAGACGCGUUACGCUAUAUGAAUGUAGCGAAAAUGCAUGUUUGUUAAGACUGUUGUUGUGUUUGUGUUUUGUAUUAGACGAAAUUGAAGCUUUAAACAAAACAAAAAUUUCAUAUAGGAAUCACCUCUUGAUUUAAUGUUUUUCAACACUCUUUUACCUCAAAUGUGAUCUUUUCUGGUUUUCAAUUUUUUAAAUUAUUAUUCAACAUCAUUUGUGACAGGUGACAUAAUAAUGGCUACACUAAAGAAUAUUUUUGAUAGAUAUUCUUGAUACUUGAGUUUUAUGUUUUUGACGAUGAAAGUUUUCUUUUUUUUUAAACUGGAUAUGCAUUAUAGAUGAUUAUCACAGUUGCUUAUGCUUUGAGGCUUUAGCAUGCAUUGAAACUGAGACAUAAUGAAUUACAGGGGUUAACAAACUCCAUAUCAACUGUACAUUUUAUAUUCUUGGAUGUAUGUACUCGUAAAUACUAUUUUGUUGCAAAUAUGGUGAAAAUAUCCACAUAUUAAUAUACGUAUGGGCUAGUACAUGUACAUCUGUAGCACAUGUUUAACAUAUGAAAUAGGCAUGUUAAAAAAAUAAUCUUUAUUGCAUAAUUUGUUUACAACAGGCUAAAUUACAAUUACAGAUAUUGAAAAAAAACCCCAACAUAAUCUGAAAAGACCUCAAAUAACAACAAAAAUUCAAACCCAAUGUUGCAUAUGUUGCAUGUUGGAUAGAUAAUAUAAUGAAACUAACUUAACCAAACAGGUUGCACAUGCUUUUUGUUCCCAGACAAUUUUAAACGUUUUCUUAUAAUCUACACAUGGAAGAUCACCCACCAAAAUAAAUAAUGAAUGGUGUGAAUAAUUAUGUACAUUUGUUUUCAUGUUAAAAUUCAAAUGAUGCAGAUGCAAGCACACACAUGGUAGGUUAAAUUGUUAAAUUUUAUUCGAACAUUUACAAAUUUUAACUUAUUAUUCCAUGAUGGCAAAGUUUGACAUCAGACCCAAGCAUGCACAGCAGAAUUCUAAAAGUAUCUUUGAGUCUGUUUCAUAGACUAGUUAAAUGAAAUGAUUUCAUAAUCUGUAUGCGCUUGAUGGUUUUGUUUUUGCUUAUCUAAUGUAAAUAUCUUGAUAUUCCAUGUUACAUUAUAUAAAAUGUAAAGUGUUGAUACUGCUGAAGGCAGGAGCAGAAUCGUUAUUGUUUAAAAACAUGUCUUCCAUAUUAGAGAUGUUUUGUUAGGAAAUCAUAACAUUUAAUUUAGACAAACUAAUUUUGGGACAUUGUUACAAAGUUCUUGUAUUAAAAUCCAAAUUAGUCACAUUUUCUUAUUACAAAAUGUCCACAAACAUUUUAGCAAUGGUGGCUUUCCUCACUGGAAUUUGAAUUAAGUCUCAAAGUUUAUGUUAAUCUUUCUUUAAAUACAGUUUAGCAUCUUGGUGAUGAUAAUCCUGAUAGUGUAUAAAUGAGUUGUAGAGUGUCUGUGUUAUGGGAAAGAUGUGAUUAAAGUCAACUGUAGGCCGUUGAUCAUAAUUAAUAGAAAAGUACAUCAGGCCAACUAGGCAUAAAAUAAUAACACCGCUCCCACACCACCCCUCAGCACUUUCCCCCCUCCCCCGCUCCAACCCAGUGUUUAUUGUCUCCUUCUGCCGGCACUUGUGGUCCAGUGGAAUGUCUCGUAGGAUUACGUCCGAAACAGUAAAGGUUUGCACAGUUUUCAUGCAGUAAUUGUGCGCUUUUUUCAAACAGUUCAUUGAAAGUAAACUUAAUGAGCUAUUAGAGUAAUUUUAACUUGAUAGAUCUAAAUAUAGCUCUCUUCAUUAACCUUACCUAUUGGGGCCGUCUUGGUUUUAGCCCUCAUUAUGUCUUGGUCUUUUUAUACAUGCCAGCAUCCAAUCAAAGGGCUAUACUAUGAUAUAGCAGAUUAUAUCCUCAUGUUUGAUUGUUGUGGAUAUCCACAUAAUUUUGUUUUCUCUUUUUUUAUUUUUUUAUUUAUUUUUUUAUAUCAGCAUGACCUAUUUUAUUAUUCAGAUGUGAAACAUAGUUAUGUUUGUACUAUAUUAAUUAUGUAUGUGUAUAUAUUAAUAUCAUAAUACAAUUAUGUAUGUAUAUCAGGUAUUUGUUGAAUAUAUUAUUUUACAGAACUUUAGCUGCAUGUUACAACAUAUCCUGUCCAGAGUCUUGGUUUUUAUAUCCCUCGGUCAUUGUCAUCAGUAAUGUAGAAGGGGAGAAAAACACCCUAAAAAGCAUGAAAAAUAUUUACGAAACAGAACAUGCCAUGAGUAUGGUAUGGUGAUUGUCAGAUCUAUGGGUGAUUGCUGUUAGUAGUGGUGUAUUCAUUAGGCCAUUAUAAAAUAAAUCCUAGGUUUUUAUCCUGACGUUUUCUUAUCACAAAUUCGAAUUUGUUUAUUUGGAUUGCCGAUCAUUUCACAGUGUGUUCCACACAUAAAAACAUUACAAUGCAAGUACAUAAAUACACAUCUAGUUUGCAAGUUUGUUUGUUUGUUGUUGUUUUUUGGGGGGCAGUAUUUUUAAUGUUCUACCGGCCUCGGUGGCGUCGUGGCAGGC